AUGGUCGACAUUAUUGCAGCUAUUCCCGAAACGCAUCGGAACGUGCUAACUCCCUAUCUCAAAGUCAAACCCGUUCGCACAGCAUCGGGUGUUGCGGUUGUGGCUGUGAUGUGCAAACCACACCGUUGUCCCCACGUCGCCUACACGGGAAGCGUCUGUUUGUAUUGUGCUGGUGGUCCCGACUCCGAUUUUGAAUACUCAACUCAAUCAUACACAGGAUACGAGCCAACCAGCAUGCGAGCCAUUCGGUGUCGUUAUGACCCGUACAUCCAAACCCGGACGCGUGUAGAGCAGCUUCGUCGUUUAGGCCACAGCGUCGAUAAAGUGGAAUUCGUCGUGAUGGGAGGGACGUUUCUCUCGCUGGAGCAGAGCUAUCAGGACGAGUUUAUCAUGAAGUUGCACGAUGCAUUGAGUGGUCAUCACUCGCACAGCGUGGAGGAAGCUGUGAAAUACAGCGAGCAAAGCCAAUCGAAAUGCGUGGCCAUCACGAUCGAGACGCGUCCUGACUACUGCCUGAAGCCGCACCUCAACAACAUGCUUCGCUACGGCUGCACGCGCAUCGAAAUCGGCGUCCAAAGCGUCUACGAGGACGUGGCGCGCGACACCAACCGCGGCCACACCGUCACCGCCGUCUGCAACUCGUUCGAGCAGAGCAAGGACUGCGGAUUCAAAGUGGUGACGCACAUGAUGCCGGAUUUGCCCAACAUGGGCUACGAGCGAGACAUUCUCGGAUUCAAAGAACUCUUCGAAAACCCGGCGUUUCGUCCGGACGGGCUGAAACUGUAUCCCACGCUGGUGAUCCGCGGGACGGGGCUCUACGAACUGUGGAAAACGGGGAAAUACCGAAACUACCCUCCCAACAUGUUAGUGGACUUAACAGCCCGCGCGUUAUCGCUGAUUCCCCCGUGGAUGCGCGUCUACCGCAUCCAGCGAGAUAUUCCGAUGCCGCUGGUGACUUCCGGCGUGGAAACGGGGAGUCUGCGUCAGCUGGCGCUGCAGCGCAUGGCGGAUCUGGGAUUGGUGUGUCGCGAUAUCCGAAUGCGGGAAGUGGGGAUUCAGGACAUCCACAAGAAGAUUCAGCCGACGAAAGUGGAGUUGAUUCGGCGGGAUUACGCGGCAAAUGGCGGCUGGGAAACGUUUUUGUCGUACGAAGAUCCGGAGAAGGACAUUUUGAUUGGGUUGCUGCGGUUGAGGAAGGUCGGACCGAAUGUGUUCCGCGAGGAAUUGAAGGGAAACGUGAGUAUUGUGAGAGAGUUGCACGUGUACGGCUCGGCAAUUCCGGUGCAUUCGCGAAGCACGUCGCAGUUUCAGCAUAAAGGCUAUGGAACGCUUUUGAUGGAGGAAGCGGAGCGGAUCGCAAGAGAGGAGCAUUUUUCGGAUAAAAUCGCGGUGAUUUCGGGAGUGGGAACGCGGCAUUAUUAUAGAAAGCUGGGCUAUUCGCUGGAUGGAGUGUAUAUGUCGAAGAUGCUCAAUUGGAUUGUUUGUUCAAAUCAGAAUGGGACGAGAUGUUGCGUUCUUUCGUCUGUCAUCUUUCCUUUAGAUUCAUUCAAUUCAAAGGAAAUUAAAACAAAGGAGGUCAAAGCAAUUUGA